AUACGGUCAGGCAGCCUCUUAUGCGCCAGCCAAAAGAAAAUGUUCUAAAAACAAAGAUGCUAGCGGGCACCAUGUGCAAAACAAUAGACGUAGUGUUUAGAGUUGCCUAACAAAAUCAAAAUAGUUACAAAGAGCGGUGCUGACAUAUAAAAUUCCCAAUUUCCCAAAUUUAACAAAUGAAAAACGAGGGAAAUUCUUGUUUUUCAACUAUGUGGCAUCACUAACAAAGUCACUCGAGAGAGCGGUAGAGCAAAUGGAGUCUCUAUAUGUUUCUUACUCUAUGGUGAAAGGAAAACGCAGCUUUUCCCAUGAUUUGUGGCCAAAUUGGAAGUGCUAACUGUGCGGGCGAGAUUAUUAUAAUGCCGAUCGAGUGAGGCCAAGACACUAAACGGGCGGAGCGACUGCGCCGCGAUCGCCCCGCUUCAGCAAUUGUGUGUGUGUAUCAUGGACAAGCUACGAAACAACAACAAGGAGAAUGCACCCAUUGAGUACCCCUACCCACAGACCCCCCCGCUGGAAGCUGGCGAGGAUGUGGAAAGCAACAAAAGCACGCCCUACUUCACCCCCCUGGAGUUCCUGCAAACGUCCUUUGAGUUCCCUUCGCCUACUGCGGAGGGUGGGGUCACGGUCAUUACCGAGCAGGAGGAUCAGGAGGAGGAGGUCUUCACCCCUAGACAGUUCACUGUUGCCAGUCCCCAUCCAGCGCCUCAUGUUCACCAUCCACCUAGCUCGCAGUCCCCCACUUUAAACCGCAAAUUUAAGAGGUUCUCGCUUUAUGACCGUCGAUCCUGCUCGCCGCACAUCACCAGCUCCGCCAACGAAGAGCGUGGAAGUGUGCGUGGUACAGACAAGGAAAACACCAUGCCCAAGGGCGGAUCGGACGACCACGAGCUGGAGAACACCUUGUACUUGUCAAAGAGCGAGCACAACUCACCCACAAUCUUAUUUAAAGAUGAGUCGUCCUCGACCCCGGGUCUGGAAGCCAGUCGCCUAAGCUACUCCCCAAAACUUCUGUCCUCCAUCAACAACCUGAACGUUUCCGGAUCGCCCUUGAACAUCAUCAACUCGGCUGGCUACAAGAAUGGCAAUUUUUUUCGUUUUCCCGAGAUUGAUCAUGUCGUGCAGGUCGCACCAGUGGAUACGGGUUGUCCUGAAGAGCCUCCCCGUCGGGAUAGAAGCCCCGCGUUGUCGGAACCGCCGGAGCACCAGCAGCAGAAAUCGGAGGGACGAAAGAACCGCAAGAAUAAAAAUAAUCUCACUAUUCGCAUCACGGAUGUGCCCAUUAAGAACUCGAGCCAGGCCUCACCGUUGCCCAAACCGAAGACUCCCACCAUCAAGAGCACCAAGGAAAAGGCACGAUCGCUUGACUCGGCAGCUAAUGAGUCGGAACUGUCGAUCGUGGUGCACAACAUAACCGAAUCUCAUGGUAGCUGCGAUGACAUGGAAUCAGGGCAGAUCAAGCCAUCGACGAGUAUCAUUCACCACCUCCAUCUCCAACAGCCCGCCUUUGCAAUCCACUCAACGUCGCUUUCGCGCACGCCGCGCAGAAAGUCACCGGGCAUCAACACCACUGAUUGGCUGAUGUACCACCGCAAGCAAAACCCAUAUCAGGUGCCAUCGCCGCACUGCAGUUCCACGGCACAAAGCUCACUGGACUCGGACGCCAGUUUAACGCCUAGUUUAGGUGACUCCGAACUGAAGUCAGCCUGCAGCGUAGACGGUGGUUCUAAAUUUGGAAUGGGCGCUAGCCUUGCUCCAAGAAGCGCCCACAAGCAUAAUCAGCUUCUGCACUCGUCCAGCACCAACCUGAAAACGCUGCCCGAGUGCCUCACCCUGGUCGAGUUCUCAUCUGGCGGUGGUCCCAAAGAAUCACCCUUCAAGCAGAAGUCCAUGGAUCUGCCGAUGCCUGCGCUGCAGGCUAAGGCAACGGUAUCCACAUCAUCAAUGAAUCUUCUUCAGCGGCGUGGUUCCAAUCACAGUUUAACGCUCAACCUACACAGUUCAUGCGGAAACUUGAUGAAUAGCGGACUAAGCCAUUCCAACUAUAGUCUGGGCUCAAUACUCAACUCCAAGUCCAGUUGCAAUUUAGAUGCGAGCACUAGCAACCAAGUCAGGUCGGAUCAACAGCCACAGACUCUUCUGCUAGCCAGUAGCCAGGGCAGCCGACAGGGGUUGUUUAGGAGAAGAGGUUCGAACCACAGCAUCACCCUAAAGACGGGACACACCACCACCUCGUGCGGGGAUUUGAACUCCAUGCACCAGCUCCAACAGCAGCAGGCAAUGCUGAGUGCGGAAAAGUACAACAGACUUAACAUGCGCACCAAUUCCACCGGUUCGGGAUCGGGUUCGGGAUCAAAUGUACCUACUCCAAAGCGAGGACUAUUGGAACGCCGAGGCUCCAAUCAAAGUCUGACUCUCAACAUGGGCAACAUUCUGGGAGGAGGAGUAAAUACUGAAAUACAAGUCCAGGACAUGGGGCAACCAAAAGUCACGGUUUGCAGUUGUGCUGCCACCAACCAAGCUUCGCAUCAGCGCAAAUUCUUCAGCACCGAAAAUCUAAACAGCAGCAAGGUCAACAACCAAAAGUUCUUCGGACAGGUGUGUUUUGGAUCUGCUUCGGACUUGCAACCCAAUCCUCAACAGGAAUCCGCUAGUUCCGAUCAAGGAAUUGUAACCACUUGUACCUGUGCUGGAACAGUGCGCAACAUCAUGACAAGACCCCUGUCGCCGCAGACAACCAGCGAGGAGUUCAAAAUUUACCUGGCCAGCAUACAGAUGCUGCAGAGCGCUUCCAACCCGCUUAACCAGUUCGAUUUGAUUCGGCUGAACUACGUAUUUGAUCACAGCUACCAGACGAACAGAAACGUCAUCGAGCAGCCGCCAGGACUGGGUGCCAAUGCAAGAGACUUGGACACGCCCACUGAUUUGGUGCCACCAAGCUCAGAGGAUAGUGAAUUGCUCGCCUGUUAUCAUACUGUUGUCAAGAGGAUCGUGCAAUCGAUACCAGAACUGGAGGAAACCGAGCAAAAGCGCAUCUUUCGGGAUUUGCACAAAGAAUUCUGGGACCUGCCACUCAAUCACCAGGAAAAGCCCAUGGUGUUUGGCUCGCAAACGAAGAAUCGCUACAAAACGAUCCUGCCCAACGAGCACUCCCGUGUGCUGCUCGAAACCGAGUCAAGUGAGCUGAUUAGCCUGCAGGAGGAAGUGAAGCGGACCGGAUCAAUGACCGCCAGCGAGGACGUGCCCUACAUCAAUGCCAAUUACAUAAAGGGACCCGACUACGUGUCCAAGUGCUAUGUGGCCACGCAGGGUCCGUUGCCCAAUACUGUUUUCGAGUUCUGGUUGAUGAUCUACCAAAACACCCAGCGCUAUAUAAGGCGUUGCGUAGAUGGAGGGAGCAGCAGUAGUCCGCACAUGGACCGGGCGCAGAUCCUACAGCAGUACUUUCAAAAGAUUGUCAUGCUCACCAACUUCACGGAGGCAAAUCGACAGAAGUGCGCUGUCUAUUUUCCCAUCGAUCUGAAUGAGAUCUUUGCGGUGGCCGCCAAGUGCGAGGUAUUUCAGCUGAGUUCGGCAGCCCGGGACUACUUUAAUCGUUAUUUGACGCCAACCUUUGUGCCGGACACUAUGGUGGCUUCCUCGGAGGCGAUCGACUAUGAGCUAUGUGGCCGGCACAUUGGCGUGGAGUCGGUGAAGGUGACUCUGGAAGGUGAUCUGCUGGAGGCUCUGCCCGUCCAAGGAAGCUUCUUUUUAAUCAAGAACGUCGGCAUUGUGCGAAGGAAUGGUUACUCGGUGAGGAAGCUUGUCCUGCUUUAUUGCAUCCGUGUGCCGCAGAGUACUAGCUACUAUCUGCAAAAGAUCUUCUGCUAUCACUACUGGUAUCCGGACUGGCCGGAUCACCAUUCGCCACGGGACAUUAACACAUUGCUGGACACCUGCUUGCAUGUUCUUAACCUGGGAAAGUGCGAGUCUGAGUUUGACAACUACGAUGAAUGUAGAAGUGAGAGGAAUGCCCACUUGGGGGCUCAGCGACUAGAGAUUUACCAGCAGGACAUCUUCAAUGCUGUCCAGCCGCUUCCCGUGAUUCAUUGCUCGGCUGGGAUCGGGCGUACUGGCUGUUUCACGGCCAUUCUGAAUGCGGUGCGUCAGUUGCGCCAAUCGUUGGCUUACUCGCUAACAGGAAUGCUCACCAAAACGCUGACCAGCAGCAUGGCGGAAGAAUACCAGUGCCCAACGGACAGCGACAGCAGCUUUACCUGCAACACCAUCCGGCAUAUCAGGCACAUUCUGGAUCUCCAGGAGUCUGAGGCGGUUGAGACGCCUCCAUCAUUCGACCGCCUGCCCAAGAUGCCGGACAUUUUCGUGGACGUGCUGGGCAUAGUUUGUAAUCUUCGCCUGCAGCGGGGUGGCAUGGUUCAGAACUCGGAACAAUAUGAGCUAAUUCAUAGGGCCAUCUGCCUCUACUUGAAACGCACACUGGCGUUGAGGCGAUUUUAAAGUCGGGAAACAUAGAUCAACAGCUUUUUAACGACGACCUGAAGGAGAAAAAGAACAAAACACCAAUUUACUAUUUCUAAUCACAUUUUUUGUGGCCCUUAUUUUAAUGAAAACAACCACAACGGACAAGCAACAAGCAAAUCAAGAAACCAUGGCUAAAAGAGUCUCGAAAAGUUAAAUAAGAUGGCAAUCUCCGAGAUGCCCUCGAUGUUUGCUAAAUAUUACUAUUACCACAUAUUCUAUAUAUAUAAAUGUUUAUUAAGUGUUGGAUGUAUGUGUGUUAAAUGUGUACAUAAGUGUAAAUGUUUCCGACUUUUGGUGUGAACUAUGCUUAAACUAAAGUUAAUUAACAAUUAUUAUACCUUACCUUACCAAACCAUACCUUACCAAUAAUGAAGCGCAUCUACGCUGGGCUCGAGACGUUCGGCCGCGUCCCUCGGUGAGUUGUGCAUCCUGUUUGGGAUCGGGGAAAGCUCAAACCUUUUUCAAGUCGGGCCCCUCCAAGGGUCCUUCUGACUAAAACACCAAUUUUCCCAUUCCCAAACUGCCAGCUCGACCGCUGGACGUUGGCCCAAUCACGGACAAGAGUUCAUUAAAAACACAAGAGAAAAACUCGAAAAGAAAAAUGGGAACCCAUAAAUGAACUUGUAUUAACGUUUAUGCAAUGGAACUAGUCAAAUAAAAAUUAGAAACAUUUUAAAUGUAA